UCAAAACCCUUUGAAAAUCCAUUUUUAUCUCUUUAUUUUAUGUUUUUCUUUAAUUUUUAGAAUUUUUUCACCUCUUUUUCUGUGUUAAAUAUAGAUGUUAGAGCCAUGGAUAUAGCUCUUGCAAGCAACACACCAAAGUCGCCGGAGGCUGAGCCAGAGCCCGAACCAGUGAGUGAAACACCAACUCGAAUCCAACCCGGCAAGCCCUUAUCUUUCACCAACGGUGUUCUGAAGCGUCACAAGCCGCAGCAGCAAGCGCCGCCCAUCGUCAUAGCCUACAAAGAAUGUCUGAAGAACCAUGCAGCCACCUUAGGUGGCCAUGCUUUAGACGGUUGCGGCGAAUUCAUGCCUUCCCCAACAGCCACCCCUACUGACCCAACUUCCCUCAAAUGUGCUGCUUGUGGCUGCCACCGCAACUUCCACCGCCGUGAACCAGAUGACCCACCACCCACAACAGUCACCGCCACUAUAGAAUACCAGCCCCACCAUCGCCACCAUCCACCACCACCUCUGGCAAGCCAACCGAAUCGUAGUCCUAACUCAGCCUCCCCACCACCGAUCUCAUCAUCUUACUAUCCUUCAUCUCCCCACAUGCUUUUAGCUCUUUCAGGAGGUCUAACAAACUCCCAUUUACCUGCUGGUGGCCUUGCACCCAACACUGCAAAUCUCGGGUCGAACUCGAAAAAAAGAUUCAGAACAAAGUUCAGUCAGUACCAGAAGGACAAGAUGCUGGAGUUUGCUGAGAAAAUUGGGUGGAAAAUCCAGAAAAGAUAUGAACAAGACAUUCAAAAAUUCUGCCAUGAGGUUGUGGUUGAUAGAGAGGUUUUAAAAGUCUGGAUGCAUAACAAUAAGAACACUUUUGGGAAGAAAGAUCAAGCCAAUGGAGGAUCGAGAGAUGGAAUCCAAGUUGUUGAACUCAACCAUGAAGAACAACAUAAAAACAACAACAACAACAGCAGCGGCGACCACCACAGAAAUGGUCAGAAUCUGAACCAUCACUUCGAAGCUGACGGUGUUGCACAUCUUGGAACUAAUGGCUGCUCUUCUUCUUCCUCUUGAUAUGGUUGAUGAUGAUCAGCUUCAUCUUUCUUCUUCUUUUUUCCUUACGAGGGAGAUAAUAAGCUGUUAGAUAGAGUAAGGGACUUGUUUAUUAGUUUAAAUUUUGUUCCUAAUUAGUUUAAUUAAUCAUCAUCACUUUGCUACUGAUAUAACCUGCUGGGAAUUAAGAGCUGCUUUGAAUCCAAAAGGGAACUUAUUUUCUUUCUUUCUGGGAUCAUAAA